CGUCCUCGCGUCAUCAUGACGUCAGUUCCUUGUUAUGGACUUCAGCAUAGAUUUCAGACUGCUGAUUAUCAAUACAGCAGCCCUGCACUACAUGCACAACUUUUGCACGCUAACUUCCAGCUAUUGAAUCACACAUUCCUGCAGUUCACCCGCGAUAUUUGUUUUCUAGCUCAAGAUGGCAGUGGACUGGUGGGGCUUUGCCUAUGCUGCAGCUCUGGCUCUGGGAGGAUUUAUGGGAUAUAAAAGAAAAGGAAGUGUGGUGUCACUGAUCGCUGGACUCUUCUUUGGAAGUGUGUCUGCAUACGGAGCGUUUCGAAUAUCAAAUGACCCACAGGAUUACUGGACCUCUCUGAUGUCUGCUGGUGUACUGGCAGUUGUGAUGGGAAUGAGAUUCAGGAAAUCAGGAAAGUUAAUGCCUGCCGGCAUCAUGGCAGGACUGAGCCUCCUGAUGGUUUUCCGGAUUCUGAUCUUCUAAGAGCUCAUGGACACACACACUUCCUGACAACAAGCACUGAACAGCUGCAGUGUUCAUAUCCCAAUAUUAUCACUGUAUCUUGCACAUUCCAAAUAAAUCUGUCCAUUUUA